CUGGUUCAGGCUGAAAACAAGAGGCUGAACAAAGCAACAGAUGCAGUGGAGAAAAGGGGACCGUACAUCAUGAGCAAGCCUCCCUCCCUCCACACCAAGCUUCAGAGGCAGCGCGAGCUGGCGAAGGCAGCGCUGCGAAGGCAGGGGCUGCUGGGGGGACCUGCGCCACACCAGCCGAAGCCGGCAGUGAAAAGGUCGGUGAAGUUCAACAAGGGCUACACGGCGCUCAGCCAGACAGCAGAUGAAAACUUGGUCUCCCUUGAUUCGGACAGUGACGGGGAGCUGGGAUCCAGAUGUUCCUCGGGAUACUCCUCUGCUGAGCAGGUAAACCAGGACCUGAGCCGGCAGCUGCUGCAGGAUGGGUACCACCUCGACGAGGUCCCCGACGACGAAGAUCUGGAUCUCAUCCCCCCAAAACCCACCAGCUCCUCUACUUGCCCCUGUUGUUUUGGGGAAAAUCUCUCCUGUGUUGUCCAGUAG